GAGAGCCUCCCGUUAUAGUUGUUCCUUUGGAGGAGCUUCAUCUCCAAUGGCAUCUUCCUCUCUCUCGUCUCUUUCCUCCAUUCUCAGCAACCCUCAAGGUUGCUCUCUCUGCUUCAAAGCCUCUACACGACGCGGUCUCGCUCUAGCAUUCCUCUCCUCGAAACUAAACCAUGCUUCUUCUUCUUCUUCUUCUUCCUCUGCUCUUCUCCCUCGUUGCUACAACGCGCAUCGUCUCACACAGAACUCGAUCAAGAGGAAGAAUGGGUUUGCGUUAGAUCUUUCUAGAAGCUUCUCUGUUUCUCAGAUUGCUGGUUCCGGAAAGUUUGUUGGUCCAAGCCUCCACCAAUUCAUCCCCAAAGCUCAAGCCCAAGCUUCUCUUACCGCUCCCCAAACAGAAUCUGUAUUCUUUCUUGCUCUUGGAAGCACGCCAGAUUCCGACACUGCAUCAUCAAAAGGUCGGAUUUAUCACGAAACGUAUGGAUGUCAGAUGAACAUAAACGACAUGGAGAUUGUCCUUUCGAUCAUGAAAAACUCUGGCUAUAAAGAAAUUGUGACGGAUCCGGAGAGCGCAGAAGUCAUUUUCAUCAACACUUGUGCUAUCCGAGAAAACGCGGAACAGAGAGUAUGGCAAAGGCUUAACUACUUCUGGUUCUUAAAACGCCAAUGGAAAACCAAUGUCGCUAGUGGAAGAGCGCAGUCUCUCAGACCUCCUAAAGUUGUCGUCUUGGGAUGUAUGGCUGAAAGGUUAAAGGACAAGAUUCUAGAUUCUGAUAAAAUGGUCGAUGUGGUAUGUGGUCCUGAUGCUUAUAGAGAUCUCCCCAGGCUAUUGGAAGAAGUAGACUAUGGACAAAAAGGAAUCAACACUCUUCUUUCUCUAGAAGAGACUUACGCCGACAUAAGCCCAGUCCGAAUCUCCCAAAACUCGAUCACCGCUUUCGUUUCUGUUAUGAGAGGCUGCAACAACAUGUGUGCUUUUUGCAUUGUUCCCUUUACAAGAGGCAGAGAGCGGUCACGUCCCGUGGAAUCCAUUGUCCGCGAGGUUAAGGAGCUAUGGGAAUCCGGUGUGAAAGAAGUUACGCUUUUAGGGCAAAACGUGAACAGCUAUAACGAUGAUUCGUCUGAUCCUGAGUCAGGAGCUAAUUGGGAAUACAGUGAAGGAUUCUCGAGCAGGUGUAAGGUUAAAAACAUGGGUUUGAGAUUUGCUGAUCUCUUGGACCGACUUUCUUUGGAGUUUCCAGAGAUGCGGUUUAGGUUUACUUCGCCUCAUCCUAAAGAUUACCCGGACGAUUUGCUGUAUCUGAUGAGAGAUAGACAUAAUAUCUGCAAUCUCAUCCACCUUCCUGCACAGUCUGGUAAUAGCAGAAUACUCGAAAGGAUGCGUAGAGGUUACACCAGAGAAGCUUACUUGGAUCUUGUUAAAAAGAUUCGAAGUAUUAUACCCGACGUGGCUAUAACCAGCGAUUUCAUAACCGGUUUCUGUGGAGAAACUGAAGAAGAGCACCAAGAAACACUAAGCCUGGUGAGAGCAGUUGGUUACGACAUGGCAUAUAUGUUUGCAUACAGCAUGAGGGAGAAAACACACGCUCAUAGGAAUUACACAGACGACGUUCCAGAGGAAGUGAAGCAGAGACGUUUAACAGAACUCAUCGAAGCGUUCCGCGAGACAACAGGUCCGUGCUAUGACUCUCAGGUCGGUUCGACUCAGUUAGUUUUGGUAGAAGGACCAAACAAGAGAGCUCCUGAGACAGAACUCAUCGGGAAAACAGAUAAAGGACAUCGAGUUUCGUUUGUCAGAAAGCCUCUGCAUGAUAAAGAGUGUCUUCUUGAUGGUGAUGAUCUGAAGAGGAGUCCUGAUAUUGGAGACUUCGUGGAGGUUAGGAUAGAGAAAUCAACAAGAGCAUCUUUGUAUGGAGAAGCUCUCGCGAUUAGUAAACUGUCGUUGUUUCGCGAUGUUGGUGUCGAUGCUGUUGUUGCGUCUUGCGCAAGUUAAACUUCCCUUUCUGUUUGUUUCUGAAAAGCCUUUGGAUUUUUGUUUUUCGUUUUGAUGUAUACUUUUAUAGUUAACCGGAUCAAUUUGUUUACCGGGAAAAUUUACUGGGUUAAAAGAACAAUUUGUAAACGAAUUUUUUGUUUUUGUGUUUUUUUUUUGGAUAAAUUCGGUUAAAU